UACUUCUUCACGGAGCUCAACCAUGACCAAGUGCAGAAGGUUGACCAGUAUCUCUACCACAUGCGCCUCUCUGAUGAGACCCUCUUGGAGAUCUCUAAGCGGUUCCGCAAGGAGAUAGAGAAAGGGCUUGGAUCCACCACUCACCCCACUGCAGCAGUGAAGAUGCUGCCCACCUUUGUGAGGUCCACUUCAGAUGGGACAGAACACGGAGAGUUCCUGGCUCUGGACCUUGGAGGGACCAACUUCCGUGUGCUUUGGGUGAAAGUAACGGACAAUGGGCUCCAGAAGGUGGAGAUGGAGAACCAGAUCUAUGCCAUCCCCGAGGACAUCAUGCGAGGCAGUGACACCCAGCUGUUUGACCACGUUGACGAAUGCCUGGCUAACUUCAUGGAUAAGCUACAAAUCAAAGACAAGAAGCUCCCAUUGGGUUUUACCUUCUCGUUCCCCUGCCGCCAGACUAAACUAGACGAGAGUUUCCUGGUCUCAUGGACCAAGGGAUUCAAGUCCAGCGGAGUGGAAGGCAGAGACGUUGUGGCUCUGAUCCGGAAGGCCAUCCAGAGGAGAGGGGACUUUGAUAUCGACAUUGUGGCUGUGGUGAAUGACACAGUUGGGACCAUGAUGACCUGUGGUUAUGAUGACCACAACUGUGAAACUGGUCUCAUUGUGGGCACGGGCAGCAACGCCUGCUACAUGGAAGAGAUGCGCCACAUCGACAUGGUGGAAGGCGAUGAGGGGCAGAUGUGUAUCAAUAUGGAGUGGGGGGCCUUCGGGGACGAUGGCUAGCUCAAUGACAUUUGCACUGAGUUUGACCAGGAGAUUGACAUGGGCUUACUGAACCUGGGGAAGCAACUGUUUGAGAAGAUGAUCAGUGGGAUGUACAUGGGGGAGCUGGUGAGGUUUCUCCUGGUGAAGAUGGCCAAGGAGGAGCUGCUCUUUAGGGGGAAGCUCAGCCCAGAGCUUCUCAACACCGGUCGCUUUGAGACCAAAGAAAUCUCAGACACUGAAGGGGAGAAGGAUGGCAUCCGGAAGGCCCGUGAGGUCCUGAUGCGGUUGGGCAUGGACCCAACUCAGGAGGACUGCGUGGCCACUCACCGGAUCUGCCAGAUCGUGUCCACACACUCCGCCAGCCUGUGCACAGCCACCCUGGCUGCCGUGCCGCAGUGCAUCAAGGAGAACACAGGCGAGGAGCAGCUUCGCUCUACUAUUGGGGUCGACGGCUCCGUCUACAAGAAACACCCCCAUUUUGCCAAGCGUCUACAUAAGACCGUGUGGCGGCUGGUGCCCGACUGCUAUGUCUGCUUCCUCCGCUCCGAGGAUGGCAGUGGCAAAGGUGCAGCCAUGGUGACAGCAGUGGCUUACCGGCUGGCCGAUCAACACCGUGCCCGCCAGAAGACACUAGAGCCUCUGCAGCUGAGCCAUGACCAGCUGUUGGAGGUCAAGAGGAGGAUGAAGGUAGAAAUGGAGCGAGGUCUGAGCAAGGAGACUCACGCCAGUGCCCCUGUCAAGAUGCUGCCCACCUACGUGUGUGCCACCCCUGACGGCACAGAGAAAGGGGACUUCUUGGCCUUGGACCUUGGAGGAACAAAUUUCCGGGUCCUGCUGGUCUGUGUUCGGAAUGGGAAGUGGGGUGGAGUGGAGAUGCACAACAAGAUCUACGCCAUCCCGUAGGAGGUCAUGCAUGGCACUGGGGACGAGCUCUUUGACCACAUUGUCCAGUGCAUCGUGGACUUCCUCGAGUACAUGGGCAUGAAGGGCGUGUCCCUGCCUCUGGGUUUUACCUUCUCCUUCCCCUGCCAGCAGAACAGCCUGGACGAGAGCAUUCUCCUCUAGUGGACAAAAGGCUUCAAGGAAUCUGGCUGCGAGGGCGAGGACGUGGUGACCCUGCUGAAGGAAGUGAUCCACCGGCGAGAGGAGUUUGACCUGGAUGUGAUUGCUGUGGUGAACGACACAGUCAGAACUAUGAUGACCUGUGGCUUUGAAGACCCUCACUGUGAAGCUGGCCUCAUCGUUGGCAUGGGCAGCAAUGCCUGCUACAUGGAAGAGAUGCACAAUGUGGAACUGGUGGAAAGAGAAGAGGGGCGGAUGUGUGUGAACAUGGAAUGGGGGGCCUUUGGGGACAAUGGAUGCCUAGAUGACUUCCGCACAGAAUUUGAUGUGGCUGUGGAUGAGCUUUCACUCAACCCCGGCAAGCAGAAGUUCGAGAAAAUGAUUAAUGGAAUGUACCUGGGUGAGACUGUCGGUAACAUUCUCAUCGAUUUCACCAAGCAUGGGCUGCUUUUCCGAGGCCACAUCUCAGAGCUACUCAAGACAAGGGGCAUCUUUGAAACCAAGUUCUUGUCUCAGAUUGAGAGUGACUGCCUGGCCCUGCUGCAAGUCCGUGCCAUUCUGCAACACUUAGGGCUUUAGAGCACCUGUGACGACAGCAUCAUUGUUAAGGAGGUGUGCACCUUGGUGGCCCGGGGGGCAGCCCAGCUCUGUGGCGCAGGCAUGGCCGCUGUGAUGGACAAGAUACGAGAAAACCGUGGGCUGGACGCUCUCAAAGUGACAGCGGGUGUGGAUGGGACCCUCUACAAGCUACAUCCUCACUUUGCCAAAGUCAUGCAUGAGACAGUGAAGGACCUGGCUCCGAAAUGUGAUGUGUCUUUCCUGCAGUCAGAGGAUGACAGUGGGAAGGGGGCGCUUCUCAUCACUGCUGUGUCCUGCCACAUCCGUGAGGCUGGACAGCGACAGAAUCCCUGA